UCGGUUUCGACUUUAGUCUGCUACGAACUCUCCGGGAGACCGCGCGUACGGCAGCAGAGCCGAGAUUCGUAACAAAGUAAAGUUUCGUGAUUUGGAAAAAGCUUUAUUUUCAAAUUUAAUUCGCCGUUGUUGUUGCUUUUAUUGGCUACUCUUGGAAGUUAUACGAGAGAUAUAAAGGUGGAAAUUGAGAAAAGGAACCAUGCCACGUCUUGCACCAUUCACUUGUUGCCUGAUUAUUAUAUUCACCACGUUUAUAGAUGAGGGUAAUGGAAAAUGGAAAAGUAAAAACAGAGAAAAUCUACAAAAAGACAUCGCCAAGUUCCAGGAAAUGGCGGAAAAGAUUGAAGAUGAAAUAGAAGACAUUUACGAUGAAUAUUCUGACAACUGGGUCAAAAACGAAGAAUACUCUAAUGAAGAAGAAACUUUAGAAAUGUCUGAUAUAGACAAUGCACAUAAUACUUACAAUGAUAAAAAUAAUAUCAAUAUUCUCAAUUUGAUAAGCAAUUAUACGAAAGAUCUAACCGAAGGUAAAGACAGACCUGUGCCUGAAAGUACUUCCAAGGCAAAUGGGACGCCUACAAUUGAUACAAUAAAAAUAAGUACGACUGAAAAAGCUAAUUUAGUUCGUUCAAAAUGGCCAAAAUUUGAAGAUAUUUUGCUAGACAUGGGCAAAAAAUACGAUUGGAAAAAUGACAGAUGGAUUAAAGUAAAAAAGAAAGCCGACCAAUCUAGCGAAGAAAAGCAUAUAGCAUUCCAUGAGAGACAUUUUAGCUACAAAACUGUGAAAUUAAAUAGAAGUAAAAGUAGACGUAAUGUCGUGAUAGCGGUCACAGCGGUAAGAUAGGAUGUGCCAAGUCGCCUGUGUCUCUAAAUUGGUAGAAAAAUCUAAAAUCUAUUUUUAUUAGUCGCUGCGGGACCAAAGCGUCAUCUAGUCGAUAAUUUAAUAUUGAAUCGUAGCAUUUCAAGUUCUAGAAUGAAGGAAAGGCUAUGUGAUCCCAUUUAGCAGUUUUGUAUCGAUGAGAAUUUAGGUUUUCUGUAAUGUUCUUCUUGUUAACGUAGUCAUGUGUCAUUUCGAAUGAACCAGACCCCAUUGUAUUUAAAGCCUAUAACAUUUCACAUUGCUUCAAAGUCUCAGUAAAAAACCUAAAUAUGUUAAGUAUAUCUUUCAUCUCUAAUAUAUGUACAUAAAUAAUUACAUGUAAUUCUCCAUGUGGAUAAAUGGACAGGGAAGGUGUGAAGAGAUUCUUCAAAAAUAUUACACAAUAAAUCAUUAUUUACA